AGACAUGAAAACAUACCGGCUUCUGUGGCUCUUGGGACUGGUACUCUGCUUCACUGGUGAAGCCCUACGAAAGUUAGCCAUGAUCACAGCGAGUAAAAACUUCAGUCACAUUGUCCAAUUCGAGCGCCACCAAGGACACGAGCUGGUCACCCACGGCGUGUACAGUCUGAUGAGGCAUCCGUCCUACGUGGGUUGGUUCUGGUGGUCCAUCGGGACGCAGGUGGUCCUGGCUAAUCCGGUGUGCUUCAUCAUCUACACCGUUGCCAGCUGGAAGUUCUUCCACGAUCGGAUCUUCAUGGAGGAAAUCACGCUGCUGAACUUCUUCGGUGAAGAUUACUACAAGUACCAGCAGCGAGUGUCGACGGGGCUGCCCUUCAUUCGGGGGUUCAAGGUGGAACUGUGAUGUUUGGAGGGCGAUCAUCCUGACAGAGAUGGCGAUGGUGGCGGUUUGGAGUGUAGGGAUGUGUCGCCGCUGGAGAG